GGGUGGGCCGGGGACGCGAGGCGGAGCGGGGCCCCACGCAGGCCGCGGCGGCUGGCUCGGGCCCCUACGGUCCCGGCGGCGGCUGGAGGAGGAAGCCAGACGGCUGGAAGAAGAGGGGAGGAGGAGGAGGAGGCCGAGGCUGGAGCGCCGCUCGCCACAGACUCACUUCCCCGGCUCAGCAGGGAAAGGUUCCUAGGAGGCCAGUGCGGACGGUAUGCAAAGUUGUGAAUCCAGUGGCGACAGUGCGAAUGACCCUCUCAGUCGUGGCCUACGGAGAAGGGGACAGCCUCGCGUGGUGGUGAUCGGCGCUGGCUUGGCUGGCCUGGCUGCGGCCAAAGCACUUCUGGAGCAGGGCUUCACGGAUGUCACUGUGCUCGAGGCUUCCACCUGCAUCGGAGGCCGCGUGCAGAGCGUGAAACUCGGACACGCCACCUUUGAGUUGGGAGCCACCUGGAUCCAUGGCUCCCAUGGGAAUCCCAUCUAUCAUCUAGCAGAAGCCAAUGGCCUUCUGGAAGAGACAACUGAUGGGGAGCGCAGCGUGGGCCGUAUCAGCCUCUACUCCAAGAAUGGCGUGGCCUGCUACCUCACCAACCGUGGCCACAGGAUCCCCAAGGACGUGGUUGAGGAAUUCAGUGAUUUAUACAACGAGGUCUAUAACUUGACCCAGGAGUUCUUCCGGCAUGGUAAACCAGUCAAUGCUGAGAGUCAGAACAGCGUGGGGGUGUUCACCCGGGAGGAGGUGCGCAACCGCAUCAGGGAUGACCCUGACGACCCUGAGGCCACCAAGUGCCUGAAACUCGCCAUGAUCCAGCAGUACCUGAAGGUGGAGAGCUGUGAGAGUAGCUCGCACAGCAUGGACGAUGUGUCCCUGAGUGCCUUUGGGGAGUGGACCGAGAUCCCCGGGGCCCACCAUAUCAUCCCUUCGGGCUUCAUUCGGGUUGUGGAGCUGCUGGCCGAGGGCAUCCCCGCCCACGUCAUCCAGCUGGGGAAACCCGUCCGUUGUGUGCACUGGGACCAGGCCUCGGCCCGCCCCCGGGGCCCUGAGAUUGAGCCCCGGGGCGAGGGUGACCACAACCUUGACGCCGGGGAGGGCGGCCAGGGGGGAGAGGAGCCCCGGGGGGAUGGGCGGGAUGAGGACGAGCAGUGGCCGGUGCUGGUGGAGUGUGAGGACUGCGAGGUGAUCCCGGCGGACCACGUGAUCGUGACCGUGUCGCUGGGCGUGCUCAAGAGGCAGUACACCAGCUUCUUCCGGCCAGGCCUGCCCACCGAGAAGGUGGCCGCCAUCCACCGCCUGGGCAUCGGCACCACCGACAAGAUCUUUCUGGAAUUCGAGGAGCCCUUCUGGGGCCCCGAGUGCAACAGCAUACAGUUUGUGUGGGAGGAUGAGGCGGAGAGCGGCACCCUCACCUACCCGCCGGAGCUCUGGUACCGCAAGAUCUGCGGCUUCGAUGUCCUCUACCCGCCUGAGCGCUACGGCCACGUGCUGAGCGGCUGGAUCUGCGGCGAGGAGGCCCUCGUCAUGGAGAAGUGCGACGACGAGGCGGUGGCCGAGAUCUGCACGGAGAUGCUGCGGCAGUUCACAGGGAACCCCAACAUUCCAAAACCUCGGCGAAUCCUGCGCUCGGCCUGGGGCAGCAACCCCUACUUCCGAGGCUCCUAUUCGUACACGCAGGUGGGAUCUAGUGGGGCAGAUGUGGAGAAGCUGGCCAAGCCCCUGCCAUACACCGAGAGCUCCAAGUUGGCGGGCCCACGUUGAUGGAGCAUCUCAUGGUAGAUGGAAAAGAGAGAUACUGGAACAUCUUAACAUUUCUACUCAGAAGUGGCAUAUGUUAUUUCUAUUUACAUUUUAUUGGUCAAAGCAAAUCAGUGGCUGAACUUGCUUGAUGUCAGUGAAUAGGCAUAUAAUCUUCCUGUAGAAAAGUACCCAGCAGGUUGGGGCAGCAAAUGUUUUCAUAAUUAUAAUACAAUCUAUCAUACUGGUCAUGACAUAUUAUUAUUUUAAUAUGCUGAUGGAUUUCACGUGCAAAUAUUUAUUUAGGCUUUUGCAUCUAUGUUCACAAGUGACCUAAGAUUUUUUUAUCUUAGGCUUUCCAGGCUUUUCUUUCUUCCCCUCUUGGGCUUUUAAAAUAAUUUGGGUAGCUUUGCAUCUUUUUACUAUAUGCAUUAGAAAAGUGUGUAUAGAAUGUUAAAUAUCUGGUUCCUGGAGGUUUAAAGAACUUACUUGCAAAACUGGUUGCACUUGGUUUUUCUGGAAGUAGAACUUUGAUGUUUUAAUUUCUUUUAUGAUCACAUUCUGUUAACAUUUUCUACUUUUGGGGCAGAAUGCAAUUUUGGGGAUUUAUAUUUUCUUAGAAAAUCAGCCUUUUCAUGAUGGUUUAAACGUUUACUGCUUUCAAAUUGUUCACAGUAUUCUCUGGGACUUCAGUUAUAGCCCCUUUUUGUUUCAGAUUUAUUCUUUUUCAUUGUGUUUAUGUUGACUGGGCUUUUUCGAAGGGUACUGUUUUAAAAGAAGACUUCAUUCAUGUCUGGGAA